AUUAUUUCGGACGUUUCGUUUUAGGGUUUCACAUUGUGCUCUGCAAGAACUGAGCCAAAACCAACAUUCUUCUUCAGAAGGAACGAGGAGGGAGAACUCAACUCGCCGGUCGCAACACAAGAAAAGAUUUGGUCUGAAAUGGACAAACAGGGAGAUAAAUCUCACAAGGACCUCGAUUUGGAUAAUAAAUAUGAAGAUUUGGCCUUCAAUUUCUCUAACAGCAAUCUGGAAGGUCUGGUUGAUGAGAAUCGGGCGCUGAAACUGGAGAACGAACAGCUGAGGGGGAGAAUUGAUGUCAUGAAGCAUGAUGAGGCUGAACUUCUGAAGCAUCUAGGAUCUGCACUCGGGGAUUUGGAAGAAAAGAAAGAAAUAAUUCAGGAAAUGGAAGAGUCAACAAACACGCUCAUCAACAUGGUGAGCCGGAGCGGUAAUGAACUACAAAAAGCUCGGAAAGAGUUGAUCCAUGCAUUUAGCGAAAUAUCAAGUGGUCAUAUCAGUAUCAAGAAGAUGGGUGAGCUUCAUAUCGAGCCAUUCCUAAAAGCAUUGAAACGAAAGAAUGAAAAAUCAACCCAAGAAAGAGCUUCUAUGUUGUGUUCCUUGUGGCGGACUUGUUUGAGCAACCCCUCAUGGGUACCUUUCAAGAUAAUCCGGGCUCAGGGAAAGAAUCAGGUAGUAAUAGACGAUGAAGAUGAAAAAUUGAAAGGCCUGAGGGAUGAAAUGGGGGAUGAAGUUUAUGCAGCCGUUGCAACAGCCUUGCUGGAGAUGAAUGAGUCCAAUCCGAGCGGCAGGUAUGUCGUCCCAGAGUUGUGGAACUACAGGGAGGGAAGAAAGGCUUCAGUAGAAGAGGGAAUUCAACAUAUAUAUUGGCAGUGGCAGACCGAUAAGCGCAGAACGAGCAAUCCCUUCAUGAACAACAACAAAUGCUGAAGCAGAUGGGAUUUGGAGGACCAUGCUGUGAACGAAAUCCGGUGGAAACUAUAGCACGUUUACAUCAGAAUGCUUUUGUCCAUAGUCAAAGCUGUUUCAAACUUGUUUCGACCGCUUAGCAAGAUUAGGUACUCAUCUUUUUGCAAAUCUAGGUGAGGUAUCGUCCUCAUGUUUGUUGGGCUUGAAACUAUGAACUGACAACUCGACCUGCUUUGGUUAUUUUGAUCUGUUUGCUGCAACUUUAUGACGGUCCUUGUCUUUUCUACCGUGACCUAAUAUGGAUAUCUGUUUGAUAA